UCCUGGGAAGACGAAGCCCUACCCGUUCUUGCACCGUCCAAUCUCCAAUUCAAUCCAGCAAUGACGACGAGAAGAUCCGCAGCAGCAGCAGCAGGAGGAGGAGGAGAAAACGCCCGAUGCCCGGCGCUGCAGCUCGUGAUGGAAAAGGGUCCGCUCGAGGGCCAGAUCAGCGGCUACAAUCCCGGAACCGUGGUCAAGAUCGGCCGGAUUGCUCGAGGCAACACGCUGGCGAUCAAGGACGCCGGCGUAUCCUCCAAACACCUCCUCAUCCAGGUCGAACCCGCACCGGAUGGAGGACGCCAUUGCUGGACUGUAACUGACUUAGGGUCUUCCAACGGGACAUUACUGAACGGCGAACAGCUGGAGGAGUCGGAGCCUGCCGUUCUCGCGGACGGCGACGUCGUAAAACUGGGUGAGUUGACUUCGAUUAGAGUUAAAUUCGAACCGAUUGUGGACGAGAGUAGGUCUAAUUCUAGAAAUGUGAGGAGGAACGCGAAGCGUGGGAAGGGUGCGGCUGCGGAAUUGGGGAUAAUUGAUGAGAACUCUGAGUUAGGGUUAGGGGAAGAUAAUUACGCAGAAAAUGUAACUAAUUUGGUUCCUGAAUCCAUAAACGAAAAGGAAAAGUGCCUGGGAGGAACCAAGGAUGAAAAAUUGGGGACUGUAGUUAACGAAAAUGUGGGAGGAAGAACGACACGGGGAUCUGCAGCUGCUAAAUUAAGGAAUCUCGACAAAGUUCAUGUGAAAGUUGAGAGUGUGGAGAUUGUAAGCACUAGGAGGACUAGAAGUUCAAGGAAGGAAGAAAAUUCGAGGAGUUUGAUGAAUAAGGUCGAUGAAGGUAAUGAAAAUUUGAGGAGUUUGAUGAAUGACGUUAAUGAAGGUAAAGAAGAUUCUGAAGCUGAGGUGAUUCGAGGAAGGAAUGCGAAACAUAGAGGGACUAGAAGUUGUAAGAACAAUUUGGGUAUGUCUGAGGAUUCGAAUGCAGAGGAGGACAAAGAUUCCGGGCAGAAUGAGCUUGAUGAAGAUAAUGAAAUAUCUGCUGCCAUGGCAGAGAUAGAGGUAGAGCAAGGGAGGAAUAUGAGGAGUUCGAAGAAUGAGGCGAAAGGCGUGCAAAUAGCGAGCAUGAGGAGUACAAGGAGUUCGAGAAAGGAAGUAAGUGUAAGCAAAGUUGGAAUCGAUUCGAGUGUUAUUGAUGGUAAAAUGACGAGGAAGGGUCCGAGAGGGAGAAAGAAGCUGCCUCCCCGAAUCCCCGAGGAGAAAGAAGAACUGAAUUUGGAGAAUCCGAAAGGUGAAGAAGAGGAAAGGGAAACCGAAGCUGAUGGUGUUUCGGGAUUGCCUAGCUCAUCUGGGGUCGAGAAAGAUGUCAAUGGCGUUGGGAAGGGGGAAGUUUCACUUCCGGAUUUGGAGACGAUGACAAUGGGGGAGUGGUUUGAUUUUCUUGAAUGGUUUCUCCCUAAGCAGAUUAUCGAUGAAACGGAGGCCAUGAUUUCUGAGUUGAAGCGGAAGGCGGAAAGAUUGCAUAAGUAUAAGAUGGACAAGAAGAAAUGCUAAAGGCACGAUAAGAG